CGGAAUGGCCAACAUCAACUGCAGGGCAGACAACAACAGAAUCACCUACAUCUACGCCAGAGACAACUACAGAAUUACCAACAUCAACUGCAAAGCAGGCAACAACAACUGUGGAAGGAACUACAUUUACAAUAAUGACAACUACAGAAUGGCCAACAUCAACUGCAGAGCCAACAACUUCUGUGGAAACUAUGUCUCCUAUAGAGACUACUACAGAAGGAACAACAUCAACUACAGAGACAUUAACUACAGUGUGGGGUACGUCUGCAAUAGAGGCAACUACAGAAGGGCCAACAUCAACUGCAGAAGAGACUACAUCUACAAUAGAGGCUACAUCCUAUGAUCAGACAACUUUUACCGCAGAAACAUCUUCCAUUGUAGAGACAACAAAUACAAUUCCCACUCAAAUGCCAACAACGACCCUGCCUCCAAUUAAUAGUCCAGUACCAGAAUCUCCUUUCAAGUUUGUCCCAGAGAAGCUUGAUCUCAGUGUUCCAGAAAAUACAAGCCUGGGUACAGAGCUGUAUAAUCCUAUACUCACUGGCGGAUUCAAAGAUGAAACACACGACUAUGAGUUCACCUUAUUAAUGGAUGGCAAUGGGACUUUUAAUCUAACAGAAAACCGGGCCAUUACAUUAAUCAGGCCUCUUGAUUAUGAAGUCCAGAGAACACGCUUGAUAUUGAUUCAAGCUCAUAUGAUCAACAGCAGUGUAAAUGACAGCUUUAAUAACAUUUAUUAUUAUGAUUGUUCCUCUUUUUAUGCAACAAUGGAGAUAACAGUGAUUGUAGAAGAUGUUGAUGAGUACCCCAUGAUGUUUCGGUAUUACAGCAAAUCUACAACCUUUGGUGAAAACCUUACCACGGGGUUGUCUGAUGUGAACAUUCCAAUACACUGGGUUGUAGUAUCCUCUGAUACAGAGGUUGGAACUUCCAUAUUUAGAUUCACUGUAAUGGAUCCAGAUGGUAGCCCCCCUGCUGUGACAGGAUUUCAUAUAACUGGAAACAACUCUGCACAGGAUUUCCUAGGUGUGACAUCAGAGGGGGAAAUGUACACAACUGAUACUAUUCCUGCUAGUACUUCUGUCUGUCCCUUUGGAUGCGCCGUGCAGGUAUAUGAGCUCUUAGUGACAGCCUCGCAAGGCUCCAAGGAAUUUGAAUGCAAGGUUUUGCUGGCUGUUAGGAAUACAAGAAUAAGAAUUGAGGUUCAGGAAGAUACCAGUUUUGUUGGAUUUCAAAUCAUUGAUUUUGUGGCCGCAGAAGGUUCCUCUAUAACUGAUGGUUCACUUUCUGCAUAUGUCAAUGUCAGUUUUCCAAUACAUGUCAUUGGAUAUGACCUUUUCUUGCAGUCAUUCAAUUAUGAGGCAGAGCAAGAGUAUCACCUUCUGUUUAAUUGCACAUAUGAAAAUACCUCUUUCAUAACAGUCCCUAUUGUGAUACAGGUGGUUGAUGUUAAUGAUCAUAGCCCUGUGUUUGAUCAGGACAUGUAUAUUGGAGCGGUUAGGAACACAACUCCAGCAAAUACUACUAUUACUAUGGUAAGUGCAUCUGACAGGGAUUUAGGUGACAAUGCCAAUCUUGUUUAUACCAUCACAGAAGGAGACCAGUAUUUCUGGGUGACCGACUGUGGACAACUCCAGACAAAAACUGAGAUGAAUUUUAUGCAACAUUCACUCCAAGUUAUCGAAGGCAAAGUGAAUGUUUCUGAUGGUCUCCAUUCCAAUGAAACCAUGGUCCAUGUCCUUGUGUAUGCUUUGGAUCUAGAAUACUACAUACCAGAGAACCAAACAGUGGAGUACCUGGUACCAGAGAACCAAACAGUGGGCAAUAUUGUGGUUCCUUACUUGUGUGGAAAUAUGUCAGCUUAUGGUUAUGCCAGUUGCAGUGUCCUUGACCCAACAGGGACAUUUACAAUGAGUAGUGAUCACCUUCAACUUGUUUCACAUUUGGAUUAUGAAUUUAACACCACUUUCACAUUAUUACUGAACGUUGUCUUUGAUACCAUUGAAAUGAACAUAACUGUCACCGUCCAUGUACUUGAUGUGAAUGACAAUUGGCCAUUUUUCAUACAACAAGAGAUUUACACAGCAGUGCAAAAUUUCACUCAGGAAAAUACAACAGUUGCUAUGGUGAUGGCUCAUGAUAAUGACAGCAAUGCUAAUCUUGUUUAUACCAUCACAGAAGGAGACCAUUAUUUCUGGGUGACCGACUGUGGACAACUUCAGACAAGAAUGGAUAUGAGUUUAAUGCCAAAUCCACUUCAGGUUAUUGAAGGCAAGGUGAGAGUUUCUGAUGGUGUCCAUUCCAAUGAAACCAUGGUCCAUGUCCUUGUGUAUGCAUUGGAUCUAGAGUACUACAUACCAGAGAACCAAUCAGUGGGCAAUAUUGUGGUUCCUUACUUGUGUGGAAAUAUGUCAGCUUAUGUAUAUGCCAACUGCAGUGUCAUUGACCCAACAGGGACAUUUGCAGUGCAUGGAGAUGACCUUAUACUUGAUUCAAGUUUGGAUUAUGAAUUUAACACCACUUUCACAUUAUUACUGAACGUUGUCUUUGAUACCAUUGAAAUGAACAUAACUGUCACCGUCCAUGUACUUGAUGUGAAUGACAAUUGGCCAUUUUUCAUACAACAAGAGAUUUACACAGCAGUGCAAAAUUUCACUCAGGAAAAUACAACAGUUGCUAUGGUGAUGGCUCAUGAUAAUGACAGCAAUGCUAAUCUUGUUUAUACCAUCACAGAAGGAGACCAUUAUUUCUGGGUGACCGACUGUGGACAACUUCAGACAAGAAUGGAUAUGAGUUUAAUGCCAAAUCCACUUCAGGUUAUUGAAGGCAAGGUGAGAGUUUCUGAUGGUGUCCAUUCCAAUGAAACCAUGGUCCAUGUCCUUGUGUAUGCAUUGGAUCUAGAGUACUACAUACCAGAGAACCAAUCAGUGGGCAAUAUUGUGGUUCCUUACUUGUGUGGAAAUAUGUCAGCUUAUGUAUAUGCCAACUGCAGUGUCAUUGACCCAACAGGGACAUUUGCAGUGCAUGGAGAUGACCUUAUACUUGAUUCAAGUUUGGAUUAUGAAUUUAACACCACUUUCACAUUAUUACUGAACGUUGUCUUUGAUACCAUUGAAAUGAACAUAACUGUCACCGUCCAUGUACUUGAUGUGAAUGACAAUUGGCCAUUUUUCAUACAACAAGAGAUUUACACAGCAGUGCAAAAUUUCACUCAGGAAAAUACAACAGUUGCUAUGGUGAUGGCUCAUGAUAAUGACAGCAAUGCUAAUCUUGUUUAUACCAUCACAGAAGGAGACCAUUAUUUCUGGGUGACCGACUGUGGACAACUUCAGACAAGAAUGGAUAUGAGUUUAAUGCCAAAUCCACUUCAGGUUAUUGAAGGCAAGGUGAGAGUUUCUGAUGGUGUCCAUUCCAAUGAAACCAUGGUCCAUGUCCUUGUGUAUGCAUUGGAUCUAGAGUACUACAUACCAGAGAACCAAUCAGUGGGCAAUAUUGUGGUUCCUUACUUGUGUGGAAAUAUGUCAGCUUAUGUAUAUGCCAACUGCAGUGUCAUUGACCCAACAGGGACAUUUGCAGUGCAUGGAGAUGACCUUAUACUUGAUUCACGUUUGGAUUAUGAAUUUAACACCACUUUCACAUUAUUACUGAACGUUGUCUUUGAUACCAUUGAAAUGAACAUAACUGUCACCGUCCAUGUACUUGAUGUGAAUGACAAUUGGCCAUUUUUCAUACAACAAGAGAUUUACACAGCAGUGCAAAAUUUCACUCAGGAAAAUACAACAGUUGCUAUGGUGAUGGCUCAUGAUAAUGACAGCAAUGCUAAUCUUGUUUAUACCAUCACAGAAGGAGACCAUUAUUUCUGGGUGACCGACUGUGGACAACUUCAGACAAGAAUGGAUAUGAGUUUAAUGCCAAAUCCACUUCAGGUUAUUGAAGGCAAGGUGAGAGUUUCUGAUGGUGUCCAUUCCAAUGAAACCAUGGUCCAUGUCCUUGUGUAUGCAUUGGAUCUAGAGUACUACAUACCAGAGAACCAAUCAGUGGGCAAUAUUGUGGUUCCUUACUUGUGUGGAAAUAUGUCAGCUUAUGUAUAUGCCAACUGCAGUGUCAUUGACCCAACAGGGACAUUUGCAGUGCAUGGAGAUGACCUUAUACUUGAUUCACGUUUGGAUUAUGAAUUUAACACCACUUUCACAUUAUUACUGAUUGUUUCUUUUGAUACCAUUGAAAUGAACAUCACUGUCACAGUCCAUGUACUUGAUGUCAAUGAUAACCGACCAGUUUUUCUUCAGCAGCAGUACAGUGUUACUGUUAUGAGGGAGAUAAACCCACAUACACUUCUAACCACCAUCACAGCAGAGGAUCCAGACCAGAAUCAGAAUAUCACAUACAAAUUGCUUGGCAGUGACAAUGAGAACUUCCUGAUAAAUAACUAUGGUCAAGUGUUUAGUUUGUCAUCUCUGAACUUCUCAGAUAGUGUUGUUCACACAGUCAAUUUAACAGUCCGGGUAACAGAUGGGAUAUGGACAUCCCAUGCAUCACUUAAACUCCACAUUGUUGCAAACGAAUUGAAAAUCGAAGUUUCUGAAAGUACUCCAAAUGAAAGUAUUGUGCAUUCCAAUUUAUGCAGCCAGGAAUUCUUACUUAAUGGAACAUGCAGCAUUGCUGGAAUGGACUCUACUUUUGGACUGGAUGUUGAUAAGAAUUUGGUGUUGCAAAAACUAUUAGACUUUGAAUCAAAGGAAGACUAUGACCUAAUGUUAACUGCAGUGACAGGGGACACAACCUGGACAUUACCAAUACGUGUUCAUGUGUCAGACACCAAUGAUGAAAUCCCUCUGUUUCAGAAUGAGGCCCAUUUCUUUGGAAUUGUCAGCAAUUCAUCACUUCCAAAUAUGACGAUUUUCAAUAUCAAUGCCAGUGACCCAGACAAUGUUGGUUCGACACUGGAGUUCAGCCUUGAUGAGGUUGGUGCAGAGUAUUUCCAAAUCUCUCACUGUGGACAAUUGCAGACCAUGAGCUCUUUUCCACUGCAGCUUCAAGUUCCAUUUCAUUUUGUCAACUUCUCCAUAUCCGUCACAGAUGGGAUCCAUGUCACCACAACUAGGGCUAGGGUCCUCAUUGCCACUGAUUCAUGGCAGGUGGCAGUUGCUGAAAAUGACACAGAAAAUAAUUGGGAACUGCAAAACUUAUGUGGAAACCUGAACACAUAUGGCGGAUCUUGCACUGUGACCUCAGAUCCAGAAAUACCAGGAUUGUUGUACAAUGCCUCUGAAAACAGCUUGCAUCUCAACACAAGAUUGGAUGCCAGGAUUCAAGAUGUCUAUGAGAUAAAGGUCCAGGCCUCUUUGGUACCAUUUGAAACCAUCACAGUCUCAAUAUCAAUCAACGUAAUUGAUGUAAAUGACCAUGUACCCCAGUUCACCGAGGACUCUUAUUCUGCUGUCCUUCAUAAUGGUGCUUAUGAAAACACUGUCAUUUUAACUUUAGAAGUUGAAGAUGGUGAUCUUGGGAAUAACUCAAAUAUAGAGUACACAAUUACUUCGAACCCCUUUACAAUCUUUGGCAUUAAUAGUGCUGGGUGGCUUUACACCAAUAGAAGGCUUGAUAUAGCAAGUAUCCUGCCUGAUUUGAAUGAUCUCAUAGCAUACACAGCACAGGUAACAGUGGAAGCUAGAGACUUGGGAAUACCCCCCAAACAUAAUAGCACUUCAGUGGAUGUCCUAUUUCUUGAUGAUGAAUUUGUGAUCAACAUAAUGGAAAAUGAGUAUGAUAUACCAUUUGGGAAUAUUAGUGUUCCUGCAUUGAGAAAUAUAGGACUUGUUAGGGCACCUGCUGGUAUUAGUGCAAAUUUGACACACCUUUGGCUGGCAGAAGGGUUGGAUUAUGAGCAGAGCUCAAGCCUUCACUUCAGCCUCAAUCUGUCACUGGAUCACAGCCACUACAUUGUACCUGUUACAGUGCAUGUCAUUAAUGUGAACGAUGAACCUCCGGAGUUUGGUGAAAGCAUAUACAACUUUACUGUUCCAGAUGGCGCCAGGUACUAUACAUUGAUAAAUAUGACCACAGCCACUGACAGGGAUACUACAGACAUAACAUAUUCCCUAAGAGAUGUUGAGGAUGAGGUAUCUGGUGGGAUGUCAGUUAGUGGACUGUUUUUGGUUAAUGAAAAAAACGGAGCACUAUACACGAAUGGUCAAAUAAGCUACGAAAAACUUCUUAAAGAGAAGCGUUUUAAGUCCGAAAAUGAUUCCUACCUUGAGUUUAUGAUUGAAGCUACAGAUGGGGUAUUCACAGCAAAUGCCACAAUAAGAGUGAUUGUUUUGCAAUAUGAUCUUAGGGUAGUUAACCAGUAUGACAAUACCACAGCUUUCUUACCAGAAGGAAAUUACAGCAGCACUUUAUUCUUAGUCACCGAUGAGGCAGCUCGAGCAAAUUAUUCUGACUUCAAGUUUCAAGUGACUCCAAAGCAAGAUGAGCUGAUGUUCUUUAUUAAUGAGACAACAGGUUUCAUUUAUACAAAUCAAACAUUUGACCGGGAACAAGAUGACAACUACAUAGUCUUUGUAAUUGCUUUAGAACAAGGUCUAGACAGUUGCCAAGCAGGGGUUAUAGCCAUUGUAAACACCACUAUCACUGAUAUUAAUGACAACCCACCUGUUUUCACAUCUCAAACUUAUGAAGGUCAUGUGGAUGAAAAUAGGACUAGUGCUGAAGUGCAGUUUCAGAUGCCCAUUAAUGCACCAGACAAGGAUAUAGGAUCAAAUGCUUUGAUAUACUACAAGCUACUAAAUGGAACAGAUGUCUUUCAAAUUGACAACACUACAGGGAAAUUGUACACAAGUGGGAAAUUGGACAGAGAAGAGACUGGUUUUUACAUAGUCAUGAUUUCUGCAUCAGAUGGGACAUACAAUGACACAGCAACAGUUAACAUAACAUUGGAUGAUGUAAAUGACAAUGCCCCUGAAUUCAGCGAGACAAACUAUACAUUUAAUGUAUCAGAAGACCAUUCUUCGGACAAAUCCAUCGGUCAAGUUUUAGCUACAGACAGGGACAUUAAUAUUUUACCACUAACCUACCAUAUUGAAAAUGACAGCAAUGAAAAGUUUACCAUGAAAAACCCAUUCACUGGUGAAAUUUGGAUUUCCGGGACUCUAGAUCGAGAGAGUCUUCAGAAUGACAGAAUUGAGUUUCUAGUUAUUGCGAAAGAUUCAAGUUCAGGCUCUACUACCGAUACAUCACAUUCAACCACUGCCACAGUCACAGUCAUUGUCAGUGAUGUCAAUGAUAAUUCUCCGGAAUUUGGCAAGAACAUAGAUGUGGAUGUGUUGGAGAACUAUACAGGCCCACUCACUCAAGUACAUGCAACAGAUCCUGAUGCAGGAGAAAAUGGCACUGUUACAUACUGGCUAGGUGACCAUGACAAUUCUAGAUUUUCUAUCGAUAAUACUACAGGGAAUAUUACAUUGGAGCAAUCAUUUGACUUUGAAGAUGAGAACCCUAAUUUUAUUCGACUCACUGUGUAUGCCAGGGACAAUGGCAAAUCCUGUCAGAGCAGUGGUAGUUGCAAUGACACAAUGGAGGUGAUGAUCACCAUCAAGGAUAUUAAUGACAAUCCACCUGUGUUUUUGAUUCAAAACAUAAUUCUGUCAUCACCAGAUAAAAUUGGAAUAGUAAUACCCAUGAUAGCUUUUGAUAGAGACUCAAAAGAAAAUGGUGAUGUUACAUACUCUUUUCCUGAUUACCCAAAUAAUACCUUGAAGCGAUUCUUUAAUGUUUCAAACUCGGGAAUAAUUUCAGCUAUUAAGAUUAUUAAUAUACAAUUAGACACAAACAAUCGUGUGCUCACAGUGAUGGCAAAAGAUAAUGGCUCCAAACCUCUCUCAGGAUUUGCAACAAUAACAUUUUUUGGUCAAAAUGAAGAGACACCUUGUAAACUAAACAACAAAAUUUAUGUCAGCAACAUAACAGAGGAACAGCAUUAUCCAUGGCCAGUGAUAAGUUUAACUUACAACAAGUCUAGUGAGGAAGACAAGUGCAUUUUUACUCUCUCUUGUCCCCAAGACUUCUUGGUGAUAAAUUCAACAACAGGAGAAAUUGGUUUGAGGAAUGGGUCACUGGAUAGAGAAGAACUGGAUAACUUUUUCAAAAGCACUUGGGAUGGCAAGACUUUGUCAUGCGUUGUAUCUUUCUAUGUUCCUGAUAAACCAAUUAGUGCAGCAGAGGCAAGUGCAGUCCAGCAUUCAAUUUGGUUACCCUAG